AUGUCUCCCAAAACCAUCGUCAUUAUAGGAGGUGGGAUCGCUGGGACCUGUACCGCGUAUUUUACCGCAAUCUCUCCUCACCGUCAAGGGACCAAAAUCAUCAUCGUCGAAGGUACCAAGAUCGCCGCUGCUGCCAGUGGGUAUAGCGGGGGAUUUUUAGCUAAAGACUGGCAUGGGAGUGCAACAUCCAGUCUAGCUGCAAAGUCAUUUGACCUCCAUGCCUCUUUAGCCAAGGAAUACGACGGAUCCGUCAAUUGGGGUUAUAGAACGGUCGAGACUUUAUCGGUGGAAUACGAUGCUACUCGUCCUACCAUUUCUCCCUCUCCACUCCCUUGGCUACCACAGGGACAUCUUCAUUCCUCCCGGAUACUCGGAACACAUUCCACCACCGCUCAAGUCCAUCCUGGGCAAUUCACAAAUUUCAUUUCUCGACAAUUUCUGAAACAAUCGAAUACAGAAUUGGUUAUUGGUCGUGCUUCGGGGUUGAAAAUACAGGAUGGAAAGGUGAAGGGAGUAGAGGUGAAGACUGAAAAUGGGGUAGAAAUGUUAGAAGCAGAUUGUGUGGUAUUGUGUGCCGGACCUUGGACGGGGUCGUUGGCGGUGGAGCUGCUAGGGAAGGUGGUAGGUAAGAAGUUGGGAGUGACGGGACAUCGAGCGCAUAGUGUAGUGUUGAAGACCAAAGAGAGAUUGACUCCUCAUUGUUUGUUCACUAGUAUGACUAUGGAGGACGGAAGUGUAGAUGAGCCGGAGGUGUAUACAAGGCCGGAUGGUGAGUUACUGACCCCUGUUAGCUGCGGAGCAGGUGAUGACGAACCUUUACCUCCCACCGCCUCCGACAUCCAUCCUAGUCCUAUUGCAAUAGCCAAACUCCACCGUCAAGCCGCAACACUCACUCCACACUUUUCUCGGGGAGAAGGCGCCGAAGUAUUAGCUGAACAAUGUUGUUAUCUGCCCAUUGCGGACAGGGGAAGACCUUUGAUUGGGAAGGUCUCAGGAGUGGAAGGUGUUUAUGUGGGAAGCGGAUUAUCAUGCUGGGGUAUCACACAAGGUCCCGGGACCGGCUUGGUACUUAGCGAAUUAAUACUUGAAGGGAAAGUGAAAUCAGCUGAUAUCUCGAAAUUGGCACCUUGA